CAUUCUUCUUCUUCUUUCUCUCUCCUCUCACCAAACCACACCAGCUUCGUCCCUUCAUCUCCUCACUUUCUCAUUUGUGGAAUUACUUUUGUCUCUUCCUCUCUGAUCUUCCCCAGGCUCCUGUCAUCCCUUUUGCUUUCUCAAUCCAUUUCGCGAAAAAAAAAGUUCACUUUUUUCCUUUGGCUCCCUUUUGUGGUUCCUGAAACGCGUUAAGGAUUCUGUUUGUGUUGGGUCAAUGGGGUCCUGUUUUUCUAAAAUUACGGCCUCAAUUUUUGCAGUCUGGGGGUGAUUGAUUUGGGGUGAAGGAAUGUAGCUGGAGGAGGUGGUUUUGUGUUCUCAAUAAGAAUUUCAUCCUCAUUCUUCAAAAGGGGUGUUGUAAAUUUCUUAAAUUUGAUUCCUUUUUUGUUUACCCUUUGUCCUGGAUGCGCCAAAUUGGUGCUUAAUUUGAUGAAUUGGGUGUGAAUUCUCAUUGGAUUUUGAGGGGUGUUUGAAGAAAGUUAGGAUUUUUUUGACUCAGGUGAAUCUGUGGGUGUGGGGUUUUUUUUUCCCUCUGUUUGGGAUUCUGCACAAUCACUUUGAAUUGGGCACAAAUCUGAGCAUAAAAGAAGAUCAUUGCAGCUGGUGAUUGAAGGUUAUUUCAUUAUGGAGCAUGUGAUUGGUGGCAAGUUUAAACUGGGAAGGAAAAUUGGGAGUGGGUCUUUUGGGGAGCUCUAUUUAGGUGUUAAUGUACAAACUGGAGAGGAGGUAGCUGUUAAGCUGGAACCUGUGAAGACCAGGCAUCCACAGCUUCACUAUGAGUCAAAACUGUAUAUGCUUCUUCAAGGAGGAACGGGGAUUCCCCACCUCAAGUGGUUUGGAGUUGAGGGAGACUACAAUGUCAUGGUUAUCGACCUUCUUGGACCAAGUCUGGAAGAUUUAUUCAACUAUUGUGACCGGAAGUUCACAUUGAAGACAGUGUUAAUGCUUGCUGAUCAAUUGAUUAACAGAGUUGAAUAUAUGCAUUCAAGAGGUUUCCUUCACCGUGACAUAAAGCCGGACAAUUUUCUAAUGGGUCUAGGACGAAAAGCAAACCAAGUGUAUGCCAUUGACUAUGGCCUUGCAAAAAAAUAUAGGGAUCUUCAGACUCAUAGGCACAUACCAUACAGGGAAAACAAGAACCUUACAGGCACAGCACGCUAUGCAAGUGUCAACACUCAUCUUGGAAUUGAACAAAGCAGAAGGGAUGAUCUGGAAUCUCUUGGUUAUGUGCUCAUGUAUUUCUUAAAAGGAAGUCUUCCCUGGCAAGGACUGAGGGCUGGCACCAAAAAACAAAAAUAUGACAAAAUCAGUGAGACAAAGGUGUCAACUUCCAUAGAGGUGCUCUGCAAAUCAUAUCCCUCUGAGUUUGUGUCAUACUUCCAAUAUUGCCGAUCACUGCAAUUUGAGGACAAGCCAGAUUAUUCGUAUUUAAAGAGACUUUUCCGAGACCUAUUUAUUCGAGAAGGCUACCAGUUUGAUUACAUUUUUGACUGGACUAUGUUAAAAUAUCCACAGAUCAGUGGCAGCUCCAGAGGGCGGCAUGGCACUGGCAAGGCAGCUAUGCAUGCAGGUCCACAUGUACAAAAAGCAGAAAAGAUCUCAGUUGGGAAAGAGAUUCGAGAGAAAUUCUCUGGUGCAGUUGAAGCGUUCUCCCGGAGGAACCCUGCAAAUGCUAGUCCUCGUGGUGAUCACACCAAACACAGGAGUUUUGAGGAUGUACCAGUGCAAAAGGAUUUGCACUAUGCGCAACACAAUUCCACUCGAUAUGGCAGCAGUUCAAGAAGAGCCAUGAUCUCAUCAAACAAGCCAAUAUCCUCAGGUGACCAUACUGGCAGGCAAACCAUAACUGGGAGCCGUCCAUCUGGUGCUCACAGAAUUCAACCUGUGUAUGACACCAAACAAGCAACUUAUACACGCGGUGGCUCUAUAAGAGGCCACCGUGAUGAUCCUCUGCGGAACUUCGAGCUCCUCAAUAUCAGGAAGUAAUCAAGUAAAGGGUGUGUCUUUUUGUUGUUAUAUUCUGUAUUAUGACACACCUGAGAUGCAAGAUCACCUUUUAUUCAAGAAUAGUCUCAAGCAUUAUGGAAAGAAACGAAAGAGUUGAGGUCAUAAUGGCAUGAUCUCCUGAUAUCAUCAGUUUUGGACCAAGGUGGACUUUUUUCUGCCCCCAGAAUUGUUUCAGAAGGUUCCUCAGCCACUGUAACGUAAAGACGUGCCAAAGAGAAUUCAACUGAAAUUCUUUUAAUAUUUUAAUUACUGUACUAGAUGAGACCUAAGUUGUAGUAAGUUCCAUGAUACACACCAUGUCCUUGUUUGUUAACAAUGAGGUCCAACGCUGCCUGUAUGUUACAUAUUAACGCUGCCCUUAAGAAUGGAAUUUAUUUACAAGCUACUUUUCUUGUUCUGACA